AUGGUGCAAGACAACGAUGAGUCUCAGUCUAUGGCUGAGAGCUUGCCAGAUGCGCCUGCGGCGACCCCUGCCAAACAGUCCUACCGGUCGUUCAAAAAAAAGUAUGCCAAGCUUAAGGUCAAGUUUGAACUCGGAAUGAGAGAGAGUGAAUCGCUCAUCCGCGAAGAGCUGCGCAUCGAAGACCUUUCGAAGAGGAUUCAGGAGCAAAAUGAUCAACUUCUUGAAGUUUUGCUUGAAUUUAAUGACAGCCUUCAUAUUUCUCCAAGCCUACGAUACGAUCUAAGUGCCCCCGGUGACGACUUCUUCUUACCCACCCCAGACAGGGAACUGUCGCCAAUGCACAAGAAUGCUACAGUUGCGAAUUCGGCAUUGAAGCAAGCUAGUGCAGGAAUGGCAGCUGGAGAGAUAGUGCCUGAAAAUUAUCGCGGCCUGGAAGGAAAUGUUAAGCGCGACACAGCCUUCGCACCGGAGAUGCAAUAUUCGUCUUUGACAAAGCUUCCCCACACCACGUCACAUCCAGAGGAACAAAGUCUGUCUGCGGAAAGUACAUUUGGACACACUCUGGGAUUUCUCACGCCGGAGCAUGAAACCGAAUAUUAUUUGGCUAUGGAUGCUAGGCUUGGAGACGAGUCAGCGGCUCUGCAGUUAAGUCGCACUUCGGACAAGCCCUCGUUUGCCGACCGGGAAAGAGAUGCUUCGCUUAGAAACCCUGUUUCCGUCUAUAACUGGCUGCGGAGGAACCAACCACACAUCUUCCUGCAGGACAACGAGAAUGCUUCAGAGAAGUCUGGCUCGCGACCAUCAAACCCACGUGGCUCAAAACGAGCGCCGACAACCCAGCCGCGAAAAGAUGAGGACGUGUACGAUGAAGAUGGUAUUCUGGUGGAGAGCGGGCCUACCCCCGGAAGUACCAAGGGCAAGCGCAAGCGCGAUGAAGAUACCGGAUAUCGACCCAAGGGAGGUAGCAGCCGUUCAAACCGCAAGAAGAAGGACGAGGGAAGCUCCGAUCUAACAUCUACGACUUUUCAACUUUCUACAUUCCCGGGUUGCUUCAUAAAUCUUGUGAUUGCUGGAUUGUACAGAAUCUCGUGCAUAACAUUCAAAAUGGCCAUCACCAUUCUCCCUCCAGUGGUGGAGGAUGUCGAUAUCUCCCAUGCAGAUUCCGACGAUGAUUCCAUGUCGGUCGACUCGGAUGGAGGCGUGGAUUUGGCCGGAGGAGCUUCUCGACCAGGCAAACGAGCCCGUCUUGCAGGAGGCAACAAAAUUGGGGCAGGGAUUGUGACGCCGGGAGAAGUGGUGACGGAUGAUCCACAAUGGAUGAGGUCAGUUUUCUUAUUUCUAUGCUCAUGGCGACUUAUUUCAUCUACGUCCGAUGGUAUACUGACCAAGAUACUUAGAGGUCAUGGCACCUACACAAACCCUCUGUCAACUUCUAUCAUCGCUACCGUCGCUGGUACUGUCCAAAAAACCAACAAGUUGCUCUCCGUGACCCCUAUUCGCGCCCGCUACACCCCGGAAAUCGGUGAUCUGGUGGUAGGGCGGAUCGUGGAGGUCCAGUCCCGACGGUGGAAGGUCGAUGUCGCCGCCCCUCUACUGGCGCAGCUCCCACUCUCCGCAAUCAAUCUGCCGGGUGGCAUUCUGCGUCGACGAACGAGCGCGGAUGAAUUGCAGAUCCGAACUUUUUUCAGCGAGGGUGAUUUGGUGGUGGCAGAAGUUCAGAGCGUGCACUCUGAUGGUGCGGCAUCAUUACAUACACGGUCGCUGAAAUACGGCAAGCUCCGAAAUGGUGUCUUUCUUGCCGUGACGGGCACAGGUGGAAGUGGCGCAUCGAGCUCGAAUGUCAAGGGCGGAAUUGGGCCUGGAUCUGCCGCCGGAGGGACGGUGGGUACGACAGGCACUGGAGGUGUGGUUCGGUCACGAAGACAAGUUUGGACCAUCAGUACUGCCAAUGGUGGUGGUGAUGUGAACGUCAUUCUUGGAGUCAAUGGGUACAUUUGGAUUGCGAAACACACCGACGGCACCGCGGCGGCAUCGUCUACAACGGACAGUGUAUCUAUCACCCGAAUGGAGGAGAUGGUGUCGAGCUCGAUCUACUCAAGUCAGAACGAUGAGAUCUUACCGCAAACACGACGUGAAAUUGCACGUUUGGCGCAGAGCAUCCGGGUUCUUGUCCAGGGCGGGGUGCCCGUGGAUGAGGAGACGGUCAUGUCGUCGUACGAGGCCAGUCUACAGGUGGAUCUAGAGGUGGGCGAUGAUGACGAAGAUGAAGAUGGCAAAAGGGAAGGCAGAGAGUAUCUCGAGGGGGACAAGGCACAAAGGAUCCUGGAGUUGGUCCUGGAACGGAGAUAA